AUGUUGAAGUCGAAUGUUGGGCAGCUCCUGUUGCUUUGCACUACCGCAUUAGCUAUUCUUGGCAGCAGCACGGAAAUCGCGCAGCAAAAAGUUCUCGUCGGCGUGGACAUUAUGGACGAGCAAGAAAAGGUCCGCGGCCACAACGAAGCUGUAUACGACGCCGUGCCCAAAGAAGACCAGCUAUUCCGCGUCGAAUUCCUCGAGAUUGCCCCGACGCCGAUUAUUGCCGAUCGCGUCUUCUUUGUCUACUUGCGUGGCGACAUACCGGAAUCUAGGAAGAAGGAGUUGGGGCUUCCUGAUAAUGGCCUCGUCGAUGCAACUAUCACUGUUAGCUCCUCUGUUGUAUAUCCGGAUGGUAGCUACGAUGACGAGCAGUCAGUCACACUGCCGUUAAAGACUACACCGUACAAUGAUAUAGCCCACCUCUUGAUUCGUGAUGCCGAUGGGAAUCAGGCUGACUAUCUUCCUAGUCGCCGCCAAAGCGACAUCAUAUUUGAUUUCCAGAUUCCUACAAUGUUUUUAAAGGGUGGUAUGUGGACUUUCAAGGCUGAUGCGAGAGCUGGCGAUAAAAACAAUUCCUGUCUGUUUGCUAUGUCGUUGACACAAUGGUUACAACCCUAA